CUUUGUCUCUGUGGGAAACAAUCAGGAGAAGAUCCAGCUUUCACACGAUCUGUGAAAAGCCGUGAAACUGCAUGAGUCCAGGCCAGUGGAGGAGAAGCUCUGCUUCCACUUUGUUUAGAUAAGGUGACAAUUGGCAAAACCUGUAACUUUAAUUAGUGAUAAAUAAGACUGAGUUUAAACUUUUAAUUCUUAGUGUCCAAAAUGUGAAAACAUGGAACUAGAACCAGUCAGAUUGGAAGGAAUAAAGCUUUAUUUGUUCUCAGCUAUAACUUGGACAUCAGGUGAAUCAUAAUUAAACGUAUUGAGAAGUUAAAAACAGAUUGUUAAUGCAUUUCAACGCUUUGCAGCUCUUACGCAACAACUGGUCACCUGCUGACGCACUGGUGUAGACCCAGUGACUUAGAACUCAUGUUAUGUUUAAAGACGCCUCGGAGAAACGGGUGACGAUGUUUUAACUAAGUCAAUGUUCGGGUAAAAGUCCUUGAACAUUAGAACCUGAGUGGCGCAUGUAUAUACGGCCAAAGUGUUCGGGAAGGGAUAAACUAAUGAAAAGUGUCUGCGCUACGAAGUAUUGCGAGACACGAAUGAGACAUGAGAAUGCUACGUCUUACCCUGGUACCCGAAACAGGCGUAGUGAGGGAAAACCAAAGAGGUGUUGCUGAGCGGGCUGGUGGUGUUGCAGGAGAGGGAAGCCGUAGGCGUGGCUGAUCCAUAGUGGCACUGGUGUGAAGGCGCUGAGGCGAAGAAAGACGGUGCGGGUUGAAAACAGUGGGAUCACGUGUCCGCUUGCCAGAGGUGGAUCGUGGAGUAGGUGGCGAGGGAGCGGGGAUGGAGAAAUCCCAGUCAGGCGAGAGAAAGGGGAAAGACGCUACUUGAAAUUAUCGAGGCAGGAGACGCUGCUUGAAAUCAUCGAGGAAUCUCUUGCAUCUGAGGAGCGUCUGAGGGGAAAAAGAAGGGGCCGAGCCACAGCUAAAUGGCUUUCAUGACAGCAGGCCGACGUAGAAGGACAGGGAAUCGCGAAGCUGUGACGUGCAGAUGAACGGAUUGAACGCAGCUGGGAUCCGGCUGACGGCUUGGGUGUGGAUCCUUUUAUGCAGAGCUUGAUUGAUGAUUGGACGCGCCGGAGGUCGUACUCUGGGGAGAACACGGCCAGUGCCAUUGCCCGCUCCUGUGCCAGCCUGGCUCUGUCCCUGCUUGUCCCAGUUCUGGUGAUGUGGCAGAGGGACGCUCUGGUCCAGGUCCUCUCAGCUCUGCAGGCCGGCUUGCCGGACGCCCCCUCUGCAGAUGAUUCCCAGGCUGUCCAGUUCCACUCGGGCCUGGCAGUGGGCAUGGUUCUCUCCAGCCUGCACCACCAGAGCCUCAGCGAUGUCUCUGCCCAGGAAGACACAGAUGUCCUGUCCAAGUCUCUGGAUGCCUUGGAAGGUUGCUGCUUCAACCCCAACCUGGAAAACAACACUGGCUGUGUGCUGGGCCUGGGCCUGGUGCUGUCAGCGCUCUGCAGCAGGGGACGGGUGGAGCAGCAGGUUCAUGUCAGCAGAACCCUAGACAAGCUGCUGGACAAGCUGCAAGACAGCAGUGGACAGGGACGCAUGCUGCAGGAGGUCCUGUCUUACUCCGUGGCCUGUGUGAGUGUGUCGGCCUUCAGCUGGGGGCUGAUCCAUGCUGCCAAGGCCGAGGAGGUCCUGAAUGCACUGCGCAACCUGACUGAGGAGAGCCAGCAGACUCCAGGCUUCUCAUUGGCUCUUGGGCUGUUGGUUCACGGCCUGUCAGUGUCUGGCCACGGGAAAGCAGAGAACGUUCAUCCUCGCCUGCUGGCUGCUUGGAUCAAAAUCCUGCUGGCUGAGGGAUGUCCCACCAUGCAGCGGCUGGCUGCUGCCAACGGGCUGGUGGCUUUAGUCGGGUCAGAGAGCUGCCUGAUUCAGUACCAGAAUGAAUUGGAGCUUUCCAUCCAGCAGCAGAAUAGACUCAAUGAGGUCAUCCGUGCUAUAACCCAGGUCAUCACCUUCUCUGGAGCCAUGGGGCUGCAGGCUAACAGCGCCUGUCUGAUUGGCCAUCUGUACCUGGCCCACAUGUCCACCAGCCACAGUCACACCGCAGUUCCUCAAGACUUCAGCUACCUCCCAGAGAGCAGCAUCAUCAGAUCUAUAACUGACUUCCUCACUGAAGCUGGAAGGAAAGGUCCAGAGUUUUCCCCACCUGCUCUGGUUCGGGCAGUCCUGACCUCGAUGGCGUCAGUAGGAGCUGGUUUCCAGUUCCCCCCCGUUAACUGGAGCGCUGUCCUGUCCCCGCUGAUGAGGCUCAGCUUUGGAGAAGGCGUCCAGCAUCAGUGUGUAGUCCUGGCGGCGUCCCAGGCCCAGUCCUCCCAGAGUGCGUCCCUCUUCCUGGGGUCCUGGCUGUCCCCGCCACUCGUCCACAGCCUCAGUCAUCACACCUGGGCCCACCUCUACCAGACCCUGGGUGUGUGGAUGAAGCAGGUAGCGGAGGACAAGCUGCAGGUGUAUGUGCAGAACCUGGGCCUGCAGCAGUUCCAAAGGCGCUCCCUAUGUGUCCCUCUGCUACAGGGCAUGGCUCAGGCCAUGGCCCUCCCUAACCCCCCCAGCCACUGCUGGACCACCCUCUGCUCCACCGUCGAGACAGCCUUCAGCCUCCUGCCCAGCCACAUCCAGGAUGCUGAGGUGGAUCUCUAUGUGGGUGUGGCCAGGUGUCUGUCUGAGAUGUCUGACACGGAGAUUGACAGGAUCGUUCAGGUGUCAGAGGCUCAGGUGGAAAAAGCCUGCUUCGUCCUGGCAUUCCUCACCUCUCAGGGCAGACUUCCGCUGCUCAGCCUCAAUGAUGUCAUCACCGGUGUGCUCUGUGGUUGGUCAAGCUGCAGACUGGGCUGGAUCCUCUUGCAGGCCUUUUACCAGUGUCGGCUGACUGCUGGCACCAGUACAGGUGUCUCCAAGCGCAUGGAGUGGCUGCUGGAGCUGAUGGGACACAUCCGGAACAUCGCCUAUGGAGCGACUUCCAUCAGAUCUGGAGACACUAAGAAGGCCACUGACUUCCUGUUCCAGCUCUUUGCUGCUGCUGUCAUCUCCUGGGGUGACCACUUCAUGCCCCUUCUCUUUGGCAUCAGGCCCCAAUGGUUCCCAUGGCAACCAGAUUCCAAGCCUCCAGCACUAGAGCAUGGUUUGUAUGGGUCACUUUCACUCAGCGAGCUCGCUCUGCCACAGUGCAUGCUGGGAGUGUCACACAGCCUGCCGCUGCUGCUAGGCAAAGAGCCAUGGAGCAGCCAGACACACAAGUUUAUCGACUGGCUCCUCAGCAUAACAGAAGGUCCUGAAGAGAAUCUGUCAGUCAUCAUCAUCAGCACAGCCAGAGCUGCUCUCCUGGGUCUGAAGUCGUCCACUGAGUUCAAGAAGAAAGCCGUGUGGACCAGAGCAUACAGCUGGUAGUUCAGAGGAUCCAUGGUGGGGUGUUACCAUGGUGACAUUUGUACACAACAUCAUCUCUCCUACUUGGUGAAAAAAACUUGAGUGGAAACUGCUACUGUUGCUCUAUGGUUAGUCAGAAACAUGUUUUCAUUAAACUGCUGCAAAAA